AUGGAUGGAUUCAAACGGAAACGACAUAUGCUAAGGAAAAGGACUAUGAAAUUGGCAACCUGGAACAUACAAGGCUUGAGAACAAAACAGGGGGAAGUCUUUCAGGAACUGGAAAAGAUGAAAGUUGAUAUUUGCGUUCUCACGGAAACCAAAAGGAAAGGAGUUGGUAGUGAAACUAUCGGGGAAUAUAUACACUUUUACAGUGGUGUACCGAAGGAUGCUAGAGCUAAGAGGGGAGUCUCGAUUGCUGUACACAAAAGAAAUAGAGAGCAUAUUAAAAGCUGGGAAGAAAUAGAUGAGCAAAUAAUGACCAUGGAAUUCAAUAAAAAUGGUCAUCAAAUUGUAAUAGUGGGGGUGUAUGCACCCAGCGAUGAUGCGGGCACACUAGUGAAAGAUGAAUUCUAUGGAAAACUUACAAAUGUACUUACCAACAUAGAGAAUACUAAAGAAGUGAUCAUAUUGGGAGAUUUAAACGGACGAACCGGGAAGGAGGACAAUAGUGAUGUAGUAGGAAAGUACGGAGAAUCUGCAACCAACAACAACGGAAUGCGCCUUAGAUAUUUAUGCGAGUCCAUGAACCUGAAGAUCAUGAACGGAUAUUUUGCCCAUAAACAUAUACAUAAAUUCACUUCGAUACAAGCAGCCAGAAAUUUGCGUUCCAUAAUUGACUAUGUCAUCCAAAAACAGCAUUCGAAACUGAAGACAACUGACGUGAGGGUACACCGUGAAGCAGAGUGUUGA